UUCCGCCGUUUUCAGGUCCCUCGUCAUACAGAUAUGAAUCUAAUAUUUGCUUUAUUUUGCACGAUGGCGGUUAACUGGUUGUUCUGCGCAAAUUGCGAAGCAGCUCCAGAAUUCGUUAGUAAUGUGUAUCGUAAAUUCCAUAGCCGCCCUUUACGACGAGGGUAUAUCGUGGAAAGUCUGUUCGGCGAAGACGAUGACUUCUUGGAUCUGAAUAAACGACAAGAAUUCGAUGAUUACGGACACAUGAGAUUCGGCAAACGGGAACACUUCGACGAUUAUGGUCACCUGCGAUUCGGAAGGCGUCACGAAUAAGCAGUAAUGAUACUGAUCGUAGAUGCAAUUGUCCAGCGACCUUUCGCUGUCGUUGCUGCAUGAGUCACGUUUUAUUUAGACUCUAGAUAAAAUAUAUUUUACAUUGCAAAUAUGCAUUUCUUCUUAUUUUGACCUUCCUGCGUGCACCUCGAUUCUUUUUUCGAGAAUGCUCUUCUUAAUGCCCCAGCUAUGAUGCACAUAUGUUUAAUUUUCCAAUGUUCUUACCUAGUAACGAGACAAAUUACUUAUUUCCUAUGUCACGACAUUUAUAAUAUUUUUUGUGUCGAACUAGUUUAAAUCUUACUUAAAUUGUCAAAGUUUAUAGAAUGAAUGUAACGCAUUUAAUAUCAAUUAUAAGUUACUAUA